GCUGCGCCUCUUUUGGGUUUUGGGUUUUGGCCCAUCAAAAGCUUGGCGUUAUAAUACAAAACGACAAAGGAAAAGGUAUUGUUGCCCAAAACGACAUAGUAGCACUUGCGUGUAUUACUGUGUUAAGGAGUGCAAAAGAGCAUGGGAAGCAAAGAAGGGCUGUUUAAAGCUGAAUUAAAAGAGAAGAUUUUUCAGAUUUUCAAAGAUUUUUUGACGAGGGUCGCAAAUUUUGAGGAACUUGGGGCUGUUGGAAGUAGAUUACUUGGUGGGUUUCAGCAAGGGCUUGAAUUUCUUCGGCGGCCUCCAAUAAACAGGAAAUCUGAGUUAAUAGAGAAUAUCAUCCGAGCCAAUGAGACAGAGAGGUUUAAAUCAUAUAUGGCAGCUGGUUUUAUCACCAAUCAUGAUAGCAUACAAAACAUAAGCAAGUUGCAUACAUGCCUACUCGGACUUCAUGAUCAUUUAACUAAAGCAAAAACCAUACUAAAUGAACUUGAAAAUCUUCUGGAGGAUUUAACUACUGCAAUUAAAACUGCCAAUGGAAGUUUCUCACUUUUGAGGGAUGAAGAUCUAUGUGAAAAAUUUGAUCAACAAGCAACUGUUAACCAGGAAGAAACAUCUUCAGCAGAUCUUCAGGAACUUGGAAUGACAGAUUAUGCUGCCCUUAUGGGGAUCAUUUACGGAAUGGUAAAGCAAGACUACAUGAUGCAGGAAAGGAUUGUUACUUCACUAAAUCUCAAAUCUUUGUCUGGGGAGAUGGAGAGUUAUUGCCUUAUGUGGUCAUUGCAUCCUUACUUAAAUGAUGAAAUCCUGCAGCAGGCCUGGAGGCUUAUUCAUUAGUCAUUGCUGUUUUUUGUAGCAUAGAUCAUUUCGUGGUAGCCAAGUUUUGUUCCAGAUAUGAAAGAUUUCUGAACAUGCAUGACUACAGGCAAUUGUGGAUGUUUAAAUUUCACAUAUAGCAAAUUACAGAAACAUUGUAUUCCAUAGAUUAGCGUGUAAACUUUCCUAAAUUAACUUGGUUUUAAAACAUUCAUGUUGCCAAUGC